UGAGGGAAAUCAGAUCUAACAUUUACAAACCGCCCUUAAAAAUGUGGGAGAAGAGGGUGCAAGGCAUUGCCACUUGUGUCAAGGAUACAAUCCCAGAAGAGUUCAUCAGACCGGAGAACGAGCAACCUGGGAUCACAACCGUCCAGGGAACCUUCCUAGAGGUCCCGAUCAUUGAUCUCAAUAAUCCAGAUGAGGAGAAGGUGAUGCAUGAUAUUGUGGAGGCCAGUUGCCAUUGGGGCAUGUUCCAAUUGGUGAACCAUGGGAUCCCCAAUGAGGCCAUAAGCAAGCUGCAAAAGGUUGGAAAGGAGUUUUUUGAGCUCUCACUAGCAGAAAAGGAACUUUAUGCCAAGCCUCUAGGAUCCAUAGAAGGAUACGGUACAAGUCUUCAGAAAGAAAUUACAGGAGGCAAGAAAGCUUGGGCUGAUCAUCUCUUCCAUAAGAUAUGGCCCCCUUCUGCUAUAAAUUACAAGUUUUGGCCUAAAAAUCCAUCUACCUACAGGGAGGCUAAUGAGGAAUAUGCAGAGCACAUGCAUGGCGUGGUAGAGAAGCUGUUUAAGUACCUGGCAUUAGGAUUGGGACUUGAAGGAGAUGAGCUGAAGGAUGGGGUAGGUGGCAAUGAAUUGAUUUACCUCAUGAAGAUCAACUAUUACCCACCAUGUCCUCAGCCAGAGCUGGCCUUGGGUGUACCGCCUCAUACAGACAUGAGUUCCAUCACCAUUCUGGUCCCUAACGAGGUGCAAGGCCUCCAGGCAGAAAGAGAUGGUCAGUGGUACUGUGUCAACUACGUCCCGAAUGCACUCAUCAUUCACAUUGGUGACCAACUGGAGGUUGUGAGCAAUGGGAAAUACAAGGCAGUUCUGCACAGGACGACCGUGACCAAAGACAAGACCAGAAUUUCAUGGCCUGUGUUCCUGGAGCCGCCACCAGAGUUUGGGGUAAGGCCUCAUCCUAAACUCGUAAAUGAGCAGAAUCCACCUAAAUAUAAGACCAAGAAGUACAAGGACUACGUUUACUGCAAAUUGAAUAAGAUCCUACAGUGAGCCAAUUUGUUGUUAAAUAUAAGGUGAAAUAAUUCGUUGGAAUUACGAAAUCAGGGAUUCUAAAUGUCCAGCAUAAGGCUCCUCCGCAAAGAGAACAAUAUUGAAAAACUACCAUUUUAUUCUUAGAUCACUUGCACUUUUGGUGAUGUCUGCACCUCUCUACUUGUAUAAACUUGUAGGUCAAGA